GCGCCAGCCCUGGGCGGAGCGCGAGACCAGGGCGGCGCAACGUCCCCCCCCCUCCCCCUCCCCCUCCCCCGCCCCCGCCGAGACGGCAUCCAGACUUGGAGGCCGGCGCUGGCGCCGGGGCGGCGCGUGCGCCGCGGGUGCCGCCGUCACCCGCGGCAAAGGUGCCGAUGGCAAAG